UCUGCCCGGGGCGGGCUCACACCCUAUUCCGGGUGCCUGAGAGCCAGCAGAGGCUGCCUGGGGCAGUCUUUCUCCACCCAGGCUGACUCCUGGAACCCUCAGAAACGAAAGACCAGAGGAGGACUCUCUAUCCACCAGCUGGACGUCUCCUCCCCACCACCAGCCCCCACCCCCUGGCUGCUCCUGACCCAGAAAGGCCUGGAGGAAGAGGCCAGGGAAACCGCCCUGCCCACUCUCCCCUGACCCUCCAUCCACCCAGCACCGGCAACUGAAGACCCCAUGGCCCGGGCUCUCUGGGGCUGCUCCCCCUGGCUUGUCCUCCUCUGUGCUUGUGCCUGGGGCCACCCAAAGCCACUGGACCAGAGAGAGGAUGUGAGAAACUGUUCAAUCAGCCCUCCGUACCUUCCAGUUACUGCGGUCAAUACCACAGCACAGCUCACAGCCCUGCGCCAGCAGAUGCAUACACAGAAUCUCUCUGCAUACAUCAUCCCUGAUACGGAUGCCCACAUGAGCGAGUAUAUCAGCAAAUGUGACCAGAGGCGUGCGUGGAUGACGGGCUUCACAGGGUCUGCAGGAAUUGCGGUAGUGACCAUGGGGAAAGCAGCUCUCUGGACCGACAGCCGCUACUGGACCCAGGCUGAGCGGCAGAUGGACUGCAAUUGGGAGCUCCAUAAGGAAGUUGGCACCACUCCCAUUGUCACCUGGCUCCUCGCUGAGAUUCCUGUUGGAGGGCAUGUAGGCUUCGAUCCCUUCCUCUUUUCCAUCGACUCCUGGGAGAGUUAUGACGCAGCCCUCCGAGAGUCUGACAGAGAGCUGGUGUCCAUCACCAUCAACCUUGUGGACCUGGUGUGGGGGUCAGAGAGGCCCGCAGUGCCAAGCGAGCCCGUUUAUGCCCUGCAGGAGGCAUUCACAGGGAGCACCUGGCAGGAGAAAGUGUCUGACAUCCGCAGCCAGAUGCAAAAGCGUCACGAGGCCCCAACUGCCGUGCUUCUGUCGGCCCUUGAUGAGACAGCCUGGCUCUUCAACCUUCGCGGCAGUGACAUCCCUUAUAAUCCCUUCUUCUAUUCCUACACGCUGCUCACCGACUCCUCCAUCAGGUUAUUUGCAAACAAGAGUCGCUUUAACUCUGAGGCCCUGCAGUACCUGAACUCUGGCUGCACGGGCUCCAUGUGUGUGCAACUCGAAGAUUACAGCCAAGUCCGUGACAGCGUGCAGGCCUACACCUCCGGAGACGUGAGGAUCUGGAUUGGCACCAGCUACACCUCAUAUGGGCUCUAUGAAGUGAUACCCAAGGAAAAACUCGUAGCAGACGCCUACUCCCCAGUGAUGAUAACCAAGGCGGUGAAAAACAGCAAGGAGCAGACCCUCCUGAGGGCCAGCCACGUGCGGGACGCUGUGGCCGUGAUCCGCUACUUGGUCUGGCUGGAGAAGAACGUGCCCAAAGGCACCGUGGACGAGUUUUCGGGGGCAGAGCAGCUGGAGAAGUUCCGAGGAGAAGAAGAGUUCUUCUCUGGAUCCAGUUUCGAAACCAUAUCUGCUAGUGGCCUGAAUGCUGCCUUGGCUCACUACAGCCCAACCAAGGAGCUGCACCGCAAGCUAUCUUCAGAUGAGAUGUAUCUGCUGGAUUCUGGGGGGCAAUACUGGGACGGGACAACAGACAUCACCAGAACAGUCCACUGGGGCACCCCCUCUGCUUUCCAAAAGGAGGUGUAUACCCGUGUGUUGAUAGGAAAUAUCGAUCUGUCCAGACUUGUCUUCCCAGCUGCUACAUCAGGGCGAAUGGUGGAGGCCUUUGCCCGCAGAGCCUUGUGGGAUGUUGGGCUCAAUUAUGGUCACGGGACAGGCCACGGCAUUGGCAACUUCCUGUGCGUGCACGAGUGGCCAGUGGGAUUCCAGUUCAACAACAUUGCCAUGGCCAAGGGCAUGUUCACUUCCAUCGAACCUGGUUACUAUCAGGAUGGAGAAUUUGGGAUCCGUAUUGAAGAUGUGGUACUUGUGGUAGAAGCACAGACCAAGUACCCAGGGACCUACCUGACCUUUGAAGUGGUGUCCUUGGUGCCCUAUGACCGGAACCUCAUCGAUGUCAGCCUGCUGUCCCCCGAGCAGCUCCAGUACCUGAACCGCUACUACCAGACCAUCCGUGAGAAGGUGGGCCCAGAGCUGCAGCGGCGCCAGCUGCCAGAGGAACUCUCCUGGCUGCAGCGACACACGGAGCCCCUGUCCGCCAGGGCUGCACCCGCCGCCUCCUGGGCCCCUCUGAUGACAGUCUCCACUCUCGCCAUCCUUGGCUGGAGUGUCUAGCGCCUCGAGACUACCCUCCUGACCCUCUGGCGCAGCUCCCCUCACCCCAUACCACCCCCGCCUCAAGAGCCCCUGCUGAUCCAUUGCCUGGAAACCACUGCCCUCAGCCUCCUCCUCCAGGACCAAGCCCCUGGGGUGUGGGGCUUCUUGGUCCCAGGCAGGACCCUGCUCUGGGCUUAGACAUUUCACCCUCAGCUCCCAACUCCCAGCCCCGGGACAGGAGAGUCAGCUAGUCCCUUUCCUCCUGUGAGCCCAGAAGAUCGAACCUAUGAGCUGGCAGAGCCUGUUGCUCCCCUCACCUAAAAAAAGACCAAGGCAGGGCAGUGCCCUCCCCGCCAGGGGCUCCAUGCCCUGAGAGAGCCCCAAGCUACCACCACCUGCUGGAUAUAGCCAGACCCACGCCGGCUCCUGACUUUCUGGUCUUCCUGCACCCUGGAGGCCGCCUCUGGCCACCCCCACUUGUCCUUGGCCCUACAGUGGCCUCUGGGCUGCAGCCCACAGGCUGAAGGAACAAGGGCUGCCUCCAGGCUCCCUGCUAUGCCUGUAGAGGGAGAGGAAGGGCAGGUGGCUGAGUCCUCUGGCUGUGUUACCGCCACCCCAGGGUCAGGGAGAUCAGCCAGGGAAGGGGCAUGUAAACCAGCCCCAGGGACAUCCACAUGUGAGCCCAUCGCUCCUAAACCUUGGGGGGCUCCAUGCCGAUUGACAGCACAGGGAGCUAAGCCAUAGGAAUUUGGCCACGGGAUAGGGAACCACUCUGGAAUAUGGCCCUACCCAAAAUUGGGAACAGACUGAUAGCCGUGUCCAAUCACUAUCCCAGACUUCCUGGCACGUGGGUACCUUUGAACUUUCCACAGUGAGCCACAGUGACAAUGCUGUUGACUCCUCCAGCAUCCUUGGAUGACCUUUAACAUGUGUAGGCAGAAUCUGGUUUCCCCAUUUUACAGAUAGAAGAACUGAACUCCAGAAGGAGUGGAACCUGCCCGAGGACACGCUGUUUGGUUAGGACAUGUUGGGGCCAGAAUGGGUCAGCAGUCCAACUCUUUUACCCUUUGGCACCACGCAGAGUUCCAAGUUCACUGAGCCAGCUGCCGGGGGCAGGGGGAGGGUGGGGAAGAGUUUUCUCUGGCUAGCCCAGCGGUUAGCCACCUGGGCUCACAUCCUGCUAAAUGCUUGAAACAGCCUGGCAACAAAGCGUGCCUCUGGGUUUUGCAUCGUCUGCUGUGCUGCCGGGGACUGCUGUUACCUGUGGCUUUUGUGGUGGGGGAGAAAGGGGAGGGGUGAGGUGGGGGCGGGGAUGUGAGGCUCCCAGAAGCUCAGUUGGGGAGCACAUGUGCUUGAGAAUGUGCAUGUGAGCAUGCGUGCGUGUACGUGUAUUCGUGUGCAUGCCACGCCCAGCCAACCACCUCCUGUGCUAAAGGUCGUGUAGCCUUGUGGACGGUACAGAAGGGAGCCCCUUGCUGGGGGCUUGUCAAAGGUGAUCCCAGAAAGCACCAGAGGAGCACAGUCAGGGCAGAAGAGAACCAAGUCUCUGGGGAAGAGUACUGGGCAAAGACAUCAGGCAGAGGAGUCCCCUAGGCGGUGACAGGUGAAGGUGACCUGUGACAGUUAUCACUGCUGAUGCUUGCACCCAAAGGCCCCAGUUCUGAGUCAUGCUGAGAGCCUGUAGCACCCAACAAUGGGCCUCCCUUUGCUGAGUCAUUUGCUCCCUCACAAGCUCACCCCAUAAAGACAGACACUAAUAAUACAAUUAGUCGUCAUUGCCACCGUCGUCAUCAUCAUCCUCAUAGUCACCAUUCAGUGAGUGUUUAGUAUGUACUAGGUACUGUGCUUUACAUGCAUUCUCUUAAAAAUUUUUAAUUUUAUUGCAGUAAGAACAUUGAACAUGAGAUCUACCCUCCUAAAAUUUUAAGUGGACAGUAAGUACAUUGUUGCAUUUUCCCAUUUCAUCCCCACAACAUCUGAGAAGAUACUUCUAUUGUUCCCGUUUUACAAGUCAGGAAUGAAGCGAGGCUCAUAGAGAUUAACCAGCUUGCUCAAGGUCACUCGUCAAGGAAAGGAAAAAAAGCAGGGUUCAUACCAGGCAAAUGACUUCAGGAUCCACUCUCUCAAAAAAGGCAAGGGGCCUGGCUCUCGCCAUUUUACAGAUGAGAAAACAGGCUGAACCAGGAUCACAGGGCUGACUUAGAGAGCUGUGUUCUCCACACCAGCCUGCUUCCCCAGGGCCUGCCUGCCCAGGCCUUUACCUUUGACCCCUGACACUUGCUCCUGGGGUUCCCUAGGCAGCAGGAGAGCCUGGGUACCUGGCCAAGACCCACUCGCCAGUCUCAGCGCAGGGCAGCUCAAACGCCCCCACAUUUUUGCUUUUAGUGCAAGACCCAGGGCUGCACCUCCUCUCCUCCCCACAAUUUAGCUGCCUCUUCCAAUCCACCAUUUUGGGACUGAGAACCCUGGCUCCAGAAUCAGGGCUGCAAAGGGGUCCGCAGCCACCCCAGCGCCUCCCUUCCUGGGCCUCAGAACACACUAAGCAUCCUGCUUGAAGGGCUUCCCCACCCCCACCCCCACCCUAACCCCCACCCCCAUCAGGCAGGGAAGUGUUCAGGGCACACACAGCAGGGCUACUAACACAUGCAGAGCACUUGAGGCACCAUUAGGAAUCCAAGAUACAUAAAUGCCCCCUUGGGCUCUGGUCCUUUGUUUUUAUGCUGGAGAAGAGCAUUUACUAAACCCCUCCUUGCCUGCUGAUUGCCAUUGUGGAGCAGGUCAACUUCCUUUUCCUAGGAGUUAGGAUUCUAGAGUUCUAAUCCCAGCUGUGGCAGCUGUGUGGCCUUGGUCAGGUUACCACCCCGUUCUGGUCUUCUGUUGUCCCUUCUGCAAACUACCUGUACCAUCUUCCUCAUGAGGUUCUGGUGAGAGGCCCGGAUGUGUCAGAGCUCUGUAAGCCAGGAAGCCACACAGACAAGAGAU